CUGGAAACGAACAUAUGUACGUCAUUCAGGAGGUCAAAACAACGUAUUGCGAUUGCAAGAGCGUUGGUUCGGAAUCCUGUAGUGCUGAUUCUCGAUGAGGCGACAUCAGCGUUAGAUGCAGAAUCUGAAGCUCUUGUUCAGGAAGCAUUAAACAGGUGUGCACGUGAACGUACUGUAAUAAUUAUUGCCCAUCGACUGUCAACAAUCGAAAAGGCGGAUCAAAUAGCUGUCAUCAAUAAAGGAAGAUUAGUACAGACUGGAAAUCACUCUCAAUUAAUGGCAGAUGUCAACGGGUUAUACUAUUCAUUAGUAUCGAAACAGAUUCUCUCGUCAAAAAUCAAAGGAAAUAGUAUGGAAGAUCUCAUGAAGUAA